AUGGGCGUAUGUACUUCUCAGCAACCAAAAAAACCUAAACCUCUAAUCAGACUAAUCAAAAUCAGAAUGGAUGCAAACAACAAAUCAAAGGAGAUCGAAGAAGCCAUUCAAAUAUGGAACAAAAUCAAUCGAGUAAUUUCAUAAUUGAAAUCUACAACUAAAAUCCCUGAUGAUUUGAAAGAGGAUGCAAACAAAAUCAAUAAAUUCCUGAAAUCACAAAGAAAUUCAAAGUUUCUUGACACCUUCUUUUCCUUUUAUGACAAAUUUCAAUAUAAACUAAAUGAGCAAAUCACUAAAAAUUAAGAAUUAUGGAUUCAAUUUGAAAGUAUCUUCAGCAACUUGGACUUGCUCAAUGACAAAUUCACUGAGUUAGGAUAUACAUCUCGACUCGGAUGCACUCAAUCCUUAACUAAAUAUAAUUGA